GGGCGGAGUUGUACAUUUGAAAGCGACGCACACGGUUGUGACGGAUUUACCAUUCCAAAGUUUCAGCCGCUCUGUAGCAUGCAAGUUAAAGUUGUCAAUUGACCUACUAUAAAUUGGAACAGGUAACCCCUGUACACCCUGAGUGUUAAACAUGUCUCUGGAGAAGGGAAUACAAGAGAGUGCAUUUCCACUAAAGAAAGUGGCUUUCGACAUGAACCAGAUAAUGGAGAAUUUGGACACCAGGGACCUCGAUUUGGAGGAGGUGGAUUUCGAGCCUUAUGAUCCCAGUCUGCCAGUGAACACUCGAAUUCCUUUCUCUGCCAUUUACAAAACAAAGGGGUUUAAGGAAACAGAUAUCCAGGUCUACCUCAAUGAAGUCCACAUUACUGCAAAAGUUCUGGAAGUAGAACGAGGUAUCAUUGCACAACAUGAGCGUGUUUCUUCAACGCAACAAAGGCUCACAUCAAAGGUAAAACAUGCUGGUGUCUUCACAAUUGAACUGAAGCACGGAGGGUUUACCUGGAGAGUGAAAAGGAAAGAAAAACACUUCCACGAGCUCCACCGAGAGCUGAUCACAUACAAGACCUUGAUGAGAAUUCCUAUGCCUACAAGAAGUCACACAGUAAGAAGGAAGACCAUUAAGAGAGAUGAAGUCCGACAGAUGCCCAGCCUGCCUCGCGGCAAUGAAAACCUGGUCCGAGAGGGGCAAUUCUCCAGUAGAAGGAAACAACUUGAAGACUAUCUGAAUAAGUUGUUAAAAACAGCAAUGUACAGAAACUACCAUGCUACAUUGGAGUUUAUUGAUGUCAGUCAAAUGUCCUUCAUUCAUGAUUUGGGACCAAAGGGCUUGGAGGGGAUGAUAAUGAAGCGCUCAGGGGGUCACCGGAUCCCUGGCCUGAACUGUUGUGGUCGGAGUGAAAUCUGUUACCGCUGGUCCAAAAGGUGGUUAGUUGUUAAAGACUCAUUCAUAAUGUACAUGAAACCAGACUCGGGAGCCAUUUCAUUUGUCAUGCUGGUGGAUAAGGAGUUUUGUAUAAAGAUGGGCCUCAAGGACACAGAGACUAAACACGGAGUUCGCAUUGACAGUCUGUCCAGAUCGUUGAUUGUGAAGUGUGCCAGCUAUCGUCAUGCCCGGUGGUGGGGUCAGGCCCUUGAAGAUCAUGUUAAAAAACAUGGCAAAGCCUUUUUGCAAGAUCACAGAUUUGGGUCCUUUGCAAGAGAACAAGAAAACACUCUGACAAAAUGGUAUGUCAAUUCAAGUAUUUACAUGCAAGAUGUGGCAGAUGCACUAGAAGAAGCCACAGAAGAAAUCUUCAUCACCGACUGGUGGCUGAGUCCAGAGAUUUUUCUCAAGAGACCAGUUGUAGAGGGGAACCGCUGGAGGUUAGAUUACAUUCUUAAACGCAAAGCUCAACAAGGUGUGAAGAUUUGUGUGAUGCUGUACAAAGAGGUGGAGCUGGCUUUGGGAAUCAACAGUGGGUACAGCAAGAGGACACUAAUGCACCUUCAUCCCAACAUCAAGGUAAUGAGGCACCCUGACCAUGUCUCCUCCACUGUGUAUCUGUGGGCCCACCAUGAGAAGCUGGUUGUUAUCGACCAAUCCAUCGCGUUUGUAGGUGGGAUCGACCUGGCCUACGGGAGAUGGGACGACAAAGAACACAGACUGACAGAUGUGGGCAGCGUCUCGCGAGCUAUAUCAACUGCCAAUUGCCUACUGUCAGACGAGAGCACUAAAGGUCCAGGAAAAGAGAGCAUGCCUCACAGCAAUGGCAGCAACCAGAAAACCGGGGGCGACGAGAAAGUUGCAGACUUACUCAAAUUGAAAGGAGUCAGUCGCUCAAGGAGAUACCCCAGGUUCAGCCUCCACAAACAACUUCACAAACACCACAGAGACAGCAUCAGCAGCAUCGACAGCAGUGAAGGAAGUUGGUUUCAGGAUUCAAAAAGUCAGGAGAAUUUAAUACCAGGUAAAAAGCCCCAUCUGAAGAUAUUCCACCGGGAACCCAGACAGGGGCUUUCUCAGUCCCCGGAUGACAGCGGCUCGAUAGGAAAUCUACAGGCUGGAGUUGGAGAGCUUCAAGGAAACACUCGCUUCUGGCACGGGAAGGACUACUGCAAUUUUGUCUUCAAGGACUGGGUCCAGCUCGACAAGCCUUUUGAUGAUUUUAUAGACAGGUAUACCACACCACGAAUGCCUUGGCAUGACAUUGGUUCAGUGGUACAUGGGAAAGCAGCCCGAGAUGUUGCAAGGCACUUUAUACAGCGAUGGAACUUCACAAAAAUUAUGAAGCCGAAGUACAGAUCUCUCUCCUAUCCAUACCUUUUGCCGAAAUCCCACACAACAGCAAAUGAUUUGAGGUAUCAGGUUCCAGACUGCGUAAAAACUAAAGUACAGGUGUUGCGCUCAGCUGCGGAUUGGUCAGCAGGUAUCAAGUACCAUGAAGAAUCGAUACAUGAUGCUUACAUUCAUGUAAUAGAGAACAGCAAACACUAUAUCUACAUUGAGAACCAGUUUUUCAUCAGCUGCACUGAUAACCGGUACGUUUUCAACAGGAUUGGAGACACUAUUGCUGCAAGGAUCCUUAAAGCUUACAGAGAGAAUAAGAAAUAUCGUGUUUAUGUGGUGACGCCUCUCUUACCUGGAUUUGAAGGAGACAUCUCCACUGGAGGAGGGAGCGCUCUCCAAGCAGUCAUGCACUUUAACUACAGAACAAUGAGCAAGGGGGAUAAUUCCAUUAUUUCACAACUGAAAGUAGAAAUGGGAAACCAGUGGAUUAACUACAUUUCAUUCUGUGGACUGAGGACUCACGCCGAGCUGGCGGGAAAGCUGGUUACCGAGCUCAUCUACGUUCACAGCAAGAUGCUGAUAGCUGACGACAACACUGUCAUCAUUGGCUCUGCAAACAUUAAUGAUCGAAGCAUGCUGGGAAAGCGUGACAGUGAAAUGGCAGUGAUCAUUGAAGACACACAGACUGUGCCCUCUGUAAUGGACGGAGAGGAGUACCAGGCAGGGAAAUUGGGCCUCCAGCUGCGGCUUGAGUGCUUCAAGUUGAUUCUGGGUGGCUUUACAGAUCCCACCAUUGAUGUAACUGACCCAAUCAGUGAAAGGUUUUUCAAGGAGGUGUGGAUAGCAACAGCAGCACGCAAUGCAACCAUCUACGAAAAGGUUUUCCGAUGCCUGCCCUCCGAUGCAGUACGGAACACUGUUGAGCUCAGCGAGUUCAUAGCCAAGCUUGGCCUGGAUACAGAGGACCCUGCCAAAGCCCUGGAAGAGCUGAAGAAGAUUCGGGGCUUCCUGGUGCAGUUCCCCUUGUACUUCUUGUGUGAGGAGAACCUACUUCCUUCUGUCGGGACAAAGGAAGCUAUGGUUCCCAUGGAGACCUGGACAUGAGGAAAAACUUUCCCCAUUACAAUCUUGGCUUAAUCAAGCAGACUGAAAAUGCUGAAUAUACAGAAAACUACAGACAGACAACACAUUUGUUUUGUGAAAAAAAUGGAAGACUGAUAGUUCUAAAACAUUUUAUGUAGCCUCAAUUACAUAAUGAACAGGAAUAAGGAAAAGACAUGAUGGAGGAACCAUACACAGAUAGAGAAGAUGGACUGAAAUGUUUGUUUUUUCUUUAGUCAAAAUAACACUGAAUUGUCAUUAACAGCAUUACAUACAACAGUCUUAAAACAAAAACAAAACAAAAAAAACAAACACUUUCUUUUGCCUGCAAAACCAACCACAAAAACACAUUUAACAGGAGUGAUCUGAUUAUGGUGCUCUGCUAGAAUCGUACAUGUUUUUCUACUUAUUGAUCACCUGGAGGCCCAGAAUGUAAUAUUUCAGUGAAUGUUCAAGACUGGCACUUAAAUGUGUGGAUAUCUGAGUGGGCUCUUCUGAAGAAAAAAAAAAAGUCUCAAAUCAUACUCU